AUGCCUGGACUUGGCAGCCUGUGGCGAUGGCUUCGAGGAGAACCGGCGAUCCCAGGCGUCGUGUAUAGCGAUCAGCUGCAAAACAUCAUGGAAGAGCUCGAGCGCCAGCAGAACAUCCCGUGGGCUGGCAACUUGCGCAACGUGCGGCUCGAGUCGGCGCCGGAUCUCAUCGUGCGCACCAGCAGCAGCUCUGCCGGGUUACCUGGCCCGGAGGAGGAGCCGUACACCUUCUGGGAGCGCAUUGGCCUGGUGCCAGUGCACCCCUCGCGUGUGCGAGCGAGGCAGUAUUACCACCCUAUCACAGACUUCGCCCUCUACGACUACGACGAAAUCUCUCCAGAGGAGAAGGAGUUGACAGCGAAGUGGAUGGCGCGCGUUAUGGAGUUCAACGGUGCCACGCCUGCCGGCAUCCUAUGCGUGGCGGGUUGCUUCGUGCUACCGUUGCACACGAUCUACCGUAUGCCGCUUCUCGUCGCGGCUGGCAUCACCGGCGUGGCGGUGGAGGUGACACGGGCGUAUAUGGCGGCCUCGCAGCAGCGGCAGGACUUGGACGACUUCUUGCUGGCUAAGGAGAUAUGGUAUAUAAAGAAUGUGGAAACCUAUCAGCUCGGCAUCCCACGCAUCCCCCGCGGGCGUGAGCGGGAGUACCAGCAGUACGUCGAUGGAGGGGUGUCCAUGCAGUCGCAGGACCUCCCAGAGGAGCUGGCGCGUGAUUUGCACUGUUGA